AUGGAAAGCCUGUUGCGAGUACUCCAAACCCUUGGGCAGGGGGGGCAGUACAUCAGUACCAUACACAAACAAAUCAUAGACCGCAAGGCUGUACACACCGCGGCCUACCUUCCGCCCAUGUAUUUCGAUUCGCCCCUGGAGAUGAGGAGGGACCCUCUGGAAGGGGGCGGCUGGGUCGAGAACAAAACAUCAACGCCCCCCAGCGCUGCCUCCAACCAGUGCUUGAUUCAGGUCGGGUCAGCCAUGUGCCGGAACGCAGCGCAGGGCAUCAAAACUGCUCUUCCCCAAAAUCUAUUUGACGAAAAAGUCAACGAAAUCUUCUAUGGCAUUGUGUCUUUGCACAUUUCUCGCUCCGUACAGGUUGAUGGGUACGAACCUGGCGACGUCAUCAAGACCGGCUUGCUCCUCGCGCAUGGCCUUGUUGUCACACAUCGCGGGAGCACUUCAUAUUUCGAUCAGAUCAAAAUCACGCUCCCAGUGGGAAUAGAGGUGCGUGCGCAUGUUAUAUUCAUGCAUGAGGCAGCCGAUCUCAUUCUCGUCGAAUACAACCCUGCUGGGCUUCCACACAGCCCGGAACUUAAACCGAUUUGCCUUUCGGAAAGACGCCUCAAGGAAGGCGAUGACGUUUACUUUCUCAAUAAUUUCGAGCAGAGGAACGUUGUCCGUACCUAUGUUGAGCUGUUGAGCCAUCGCACCUACGGAGGAGACGAUUCCUUUUACAUGCCGUUCCACCAUGAGACUGUGCUCCUCACUUCAUCACUCUCGAAAAGAGAGAGCGGUGUCAUUACAUAUGGCGAUGGGAAAGUGGCUGGGUUACAAAAAGUCUGGCUUGAUCACGACGAUGGCCAGAACUACUACCUCCCCGCCAGCCGGAUAGCCGAUGUUUUCGAGCUCUGGAAGUCAAACCAGCUCGGCAAUAUACGAUUCCAGGACUUUGACGUGAAAAGCGUUUCGCAUGCCGACGCAUUCUGGGAAAGCCUGCCAGACCAUACCGUAUCCGCUCUCGCUGCUCAGUACUCACACGACCAGCAACUGGUCGUGGAUAGGGUGCCUUUGCACUGCACCUCGCUGAGUGGCAAAGAUGAGUUGCAUCCGCUGCGCGAGGGCGAUGUCAUUCUGGAGUUGGACAAGGAGCGGGUAACGCAGAGCUCCGACCUGCGUUACAUCUUUAUGGAUGAUCUUAUUCCAGUUCGAGUCCUCCGUGACCGGAAGGUGGUUGACUGCUUGGUGCCCACAAUCCCCAUCGAUCGUACGCAGAUCACAGAAUUUGCCUACGUCUGCGGGACUACUUUCCACAAACCAUCUCUUCGCUCCAAACUCAGCAGAAAGUGUCAUUCAGAAGUCUUCGCCGCGGCGAACAGGACCUGUAGUCCUGGUCAUGUGUAUAACUUCCCAACUCAGACAUUCAUCGAUCGCGUCAACGGCAAGGAGAUUGCCACCAUGGAAGACUUCAAGAGCGCCAUAACCUUUCCUGACAAGAAAUACUUCACACUACGGACAUUGUCUUUCUAUACGGAGCAGACAGCCGUCCUCAAGAAGUCUGAGGAUCAUUUCCCGAGCUUCAUUUAUACUACAGAUGGUCGCAGCGUGACGAGAACUGCUGUACGCUGUGUCGAGAAUGUCGAUGACGAAGAUGUUAACCAGGAAUAG